AUGGGCGGGCAAAAAUUUCAGUACGACGAGAGUGAUGCUGAGCAAUUGUCAAGAGAAUGUCAUUGUCCUAAGUGUAAAAAGAAAAAAGAAAUACUAUCGUCGGAUGACAGGUGGAAGGCUACCAGAGCACGCUUGCUGAAGCUUUUUAUUAUUUUAUGCUGGAUAGCUCUUGCCUUCUUGGCCUACAAGGUUUCACAGUAUGACGCUGAAAUGGCUAAUUUUGAUCCUUAUGAAAUUCUUGGUGUCUCAUCGGGAGCGUCUGAAAGAGAAAUAAAAAGAGCAUAUCGUAAAUUAUCAUUAAUACUCCAUCCGGAUAAAGAAACUGGUGAUGAAAAAGCAUUUAUGAAGCUUACAAAAGCUUACCAAGCUUUAACCGACGAUGAGGCUCGUAAAAAUUGGGAAAAAUACGGCAACCCAGACGGUCCAGGCGCGAUGAGCUUCGGAAUAGCUCUACCGUCCUGGAUUGUCGAGAAGAAAAACUCCGUGUGGGUUCUAGGACUCUACGCGAUGGUUUUCAUGGUCGCGUUGCCCACCGUAGUCGGGAUGUGGUGGUACAAGAGUAUCCGCUACACAGGUGACCAAAUUUUGCUGGAAACGACAAAAAUUUACUACGCGUUCUUCAACUCUCAGAGGUUGACCACUUUGAAGCGGGUUAUUAUGAUCCUCGGUGCUUCUAGCGAAUUUUCUAAAGAUUCUAAUCCGGAAAUAGUCAUAAGGCAGUCUGAUAAUGAAGAAGUACCUUCACUAAUGAAAAAAAUUCAAAAUUUAGGAGAAAAAAAUAAAGAAUUUCCACUAUGCCGUAAUUAUUCUCUUAAAGCACGUGCAAUUAUUUACGCACACUUAUCACGUAUUCCAUUAAAUCCGGAGACAUUAGAAAAAGACCGUCAAUAUAUUAUUAAAAAAUGUCCUUAUUUAAUCCAAGAAAUGAUAAUGUGUGUGAAUCAAUUGAUAUUCCUUGCAUACAGUGGUCGAAUCGCUUGUCUACCGACAAUAGAGACAAUUGAAAAUUGUAUGAAACUAAGCCCGAUGAUAGUUCAAGGAUUUUGGGAAUUUGCAAACCCGCUGUUGCAAUUGCCGCAUAUUGAAGAGGAGCAUUUGAAACAUUUUUCAGGAAAGAAACGUAAAAUUAAGACACUGCAGCAACUCGCGCAAUUGAAGGGCGAUGAAAGGAGACAAAUUUUGCGUAAUUUUACUGAUGAACAGUACGAAGACGUUAUGAGGGUACUUGGAAACAUGCCAUACGUUGACUUCAAGGUUCAAUCAGAAGUUAUCGACGACGACAACCCGACGGUUUACACAGCAGAGGCCGUAGUUACAGUAACAGUGACUCUGUACCGCAAGGACAUGCGUCAUUUAUUCGGCGACGAGAGUGUGAAGGAAAAAACAGUGGAAGACGAUGAAGAAAAAGACAGCAAUAACGAAGAAGCUGAACCGGCUGCUAAAUCAGCUCUGUGGCGCAAGCAGAAGAAAGGAGCAAAGAAAACGGGGAAGAAGAAGCAGCAGCGCGUUGCCAAAAAAACUCCAACAACCAAGUCGAGCAAGUCAGAGAAGCCUGAGAAGUCUCCGAACUCCAAGGAGACCUCUGAGAGCGAGAAGAACCAAAAUGAGAACCAAAAGGUUGAAAAGAGUGACGUUGCCAGAGAGUCCGGCAGCGAGAGUGAUGCUGAAAGCGAGAAGAGCGAGGAAGAGACCGAGUCCAAGGCUGAGGAGAAGAAAGAGUCCUUUGAGGAUGAAGAUGAUGACGAGUGGGAGAAGUUCCAGCAGAGGAUGAACAAGAGGGAAAAAGUCCUCGAGGGCAGGAGUAAUUUGUCCCAUGAAGUUCACUGUCCGAUGUUUCCUGAUGUCAAACAGGAGUACUGGUGGGUUUACAUUUGUGACCGGAAGUCACACACGCUUAUUACCACGCCAGUGCAUGUCACGUCGCUGGUUGACAAGGAAGAAGUCCAAUUGAGAUUCACUGCUCCCAGUUGGCCGAGAGUUUACACUUUCUCCGUUUGUUUGAGGAGUGAUUCUUAUUUAGGAUUUUAUCAGACUCAGGAUAUUAAGCUGGACGUAAAAGAAGCACCAGCAGUCCCAACACAGCACCCACAGUGGGACAUUUCUGAUGAAGAAACUGCCGAAGAAGUAGACAUCGGUGAUGAACAUUCCGAGUACACGACUGACGAGGACGUCAGUGACAAUGAAUAA